GGAUUUAUUGAAUACAGCAUGAGCUAGGGUAAAGACAGCCACUACAAUUUUAGUUUCAAUGUUACCAAAUGGCCGCUGAGUUGAUCUUUGCCAGACGGAACUCCCAGUAUUUACAGUUGAGUCUGAUAUUUCCUGUUUUGGUGAUGUUUGGAGAGGCAAUUCCCCUGUUCCCAGGAACAGCCACAGGAUCUGCAGGGAGUGGUGCACAUUUUUCUCUCUCUGGUCCCUGCCCCUCACUGAGAGUUAGUGGCCUUGGGAGCAGAUGUAACUGACUGAUAGUGGGGCAGGAAGGAUGUUGUGUUCAUCAGAUCGGAGAGCAACUUGGACAGUCUUAUUCUGAUACAGGGUCUCUUUCCACAAAUCUAAUCUGAUGAAACAAGAGUCCAGCACUAUUAUUUCAAUUUUAUAUUAAAAGCGUUUUAUUCCUGUUGGCCUACAGGAAAUGUGAUAGCCAAUUGUGCUGGGCAAGACCUCAAUUAACAAUAAGAUAAUGAUAAAUUGAGUUCAGUUUAGCUGCUGGAGACAAUAUAAAACGUAUCCCCGGUGUCUGUUGACUCACGCCCUGGUUUUACAGCCCGAUCAUUGGUCCAGUCAGAUUAUCAUGAGGCUCCUGUUCUUCCAUGGGUUGAUGGCGUGUUAGUUUUUGAACUCUGAUUGGCCGAAACACUGCAUCAUAUUACCGGAGCAAGGGGUCCUGGGAGAGUUGCUGUUCAGGCUGUAAUCUUUGGAAACUACUACCGUGUUCUCAUUCUCAAGUAUUUUGCCGCACGAACGGUGUUUGUUACAUAGAAAUAGCAGAGGAUUUGUUUAAUGCAGGAUAAGUUAAAGUUAGACAUGUGGUGAGAGACUUAUUGGAAGAAAAACCGCAACUGGAAGGGAACCACGACUGAAAACGAGGGAACAGCAAGAAGUGAACCAGUCCGAAGACUGAGAGCAUCAACUGGACAGAACCCUCCUGACUCAGAGUUUCCAUUGAUUCGGUCAGCAUAAAAUCUGUUAGACCUGUGCUAAGGGAUUUAUUGGAUGAAAAGCCCACAACUGGAAACAAAGAAGAACUGAAGACGAGGGAACAGCAAUAAUUGAACAAGCCGAAGACUGAGAGCACCAACUGGAGAAACCCCACUGGCUCAGAGUUACCCUUCAGUCAGUCAGGAGAAAGUUUGACCAUCACCCGCAGGUGGAGCUUUUCUACACCGGGAACAAAGAGUAAACAAGGAAACAACAACCAGGAUUCGUCAGUCGGAAUCAAAAUGGCUACAGGUGGAAAAUUAAAUCGGGUCCGGGAAUUACUCAAGAGGUUUUCAGCAGGUAACUCACCGAGGGAAGAUAAUCGGCACCCCGGAAACAACGCACCAAAGCAGGGUCAGAUUGAGGGCAAUAUCCUAGUUGAAUGCAGUCCGGCUGCAGAGGAGGAGGAGCAAAGUCAGCCCAGAGACAGUGACGUCACAGACACUGAUCAGGACCCUGGAACCAGCACAAGUGAGGCGACUGCAUGUCAGCUCGGAAGCUCAUUUAAAACUGAACUGCCAAGUCCCCAACAAGGAGUUGAUUCCAAAUGUACGAUCUCAGAUCUCCUGACACAGUGCGAAGAUUAUCAGCUGCUCCACCUGACUAUUUUCUACCGAGAGAGACUGAAACCUGCAAUUGAAGCACGGGUAGAAGGACUCAGCUGGACGAUGAGACAGGAGGGACAAUUCAGUGAACAGGAACACGAGGAAGUCAAGGAGCUUGCGGAGUGGGGAAACCGGACAGAGAGUUCCAAACUCUUCCUCAGUCUGGUGACGGAGAAAGGCGCCAAGGCCCAGAGAAUGAUGUGGGAAUCCUUUGUGGAAGUGAGGAAGGAGUUACCAAAGUUGGAAAGGAUACUGAAGGAAAUCCAGGAAUUUGGUCCUGAUCCAUAUGAACAUAUGAAUGUCAGCCGAGGCUUUUGUGAGUUAUCUUCGCAACUCAAGGAUGUUCAGCAGAAACACAAGGAGACCCUGCGGGCACAAACGGAAACACUGAGAGUGAACACGAUCCUGAUGAGGGAGAAGGUGAAGAUUUUCCAGCUGGUUGAUCAAUAUGCUGAGCUCACGAUUAUUUCUACUGUUCGAGAUCGGAGACUGGUGGAACAUGAGCUGCUGGCAAGAGGCAAAGACCAUGAAAAAUGGAGAAAGAAACAUCUCUGUGGAGAGCUGGAAAAAAUCCGGACUGAUCAAUUGUUCCAGAGCAGCUUUUCCCGGAGUAAAACCAAAUCUAGUAGUUCAGCAGCAGUGGCUGGAGUCCCGGGGAUCGGGAAAACAACGAUGGUACAAAAGAUUGUUUAUGACUGGGCAACAGGGAAAAUAUACCAACAGUUCCAGUUUGUCUUCAGUUUCAAAUUCCGGGAUUUAAACUCUAUUAACUGCAGGAUAAACCUGAGGGAACUAAUUCUUGAUCAGUAUCCUUACUUUGAAAAUAUCCUCAGAGAGGUCUGGAAGAAUCCAGAGGGAUUGCUGUUUAUAUUCGACGGUUUAGAUGAAUCCAAAGACAAAAUUGAUUUUGCUGACAGUCGGAGAGAUACAGAACCCAAGCACCAGUGUCCAGAUCCGGAGUGGUGGUGUGAAGUGUCUGACAUUGUGUACAGUUUAAUCCAGGGCAAGCUGCUCCCAGGGAGUUCAGUGCUGGUGACCACCCGCCCCACUGUGUUACAUCUAUUGGAAAAGGCAGAGAUCAGAGUCUGGGCUGAAAUCCUGGGAUUUGUUGGUGAGGAACGGAAGGAAUAUUUCAUCAGGCAUUUUGAAGAUCAGACGGUGGCGGAAGCUGUUUUCAAACACGUGAAGGAGAAUGAGAUCCUGUACACCAUGAGCUACAACCCCUCCUACUGCUGGAUCCUCGCUCUGGCACUGGGCCCCUUCUUCACACAAAGAGUCAGGGACCCACAGCGAGUUCCCAAGACCAUCACCCAACUGUACUCCUACUACAUUUACAACAUCCUGAAAAACCACAGCCGUGAGAUUGAGAACCCCCGUGAUGUGUUUCUCAGGGUUGGUCAGAUGGCCUUCAGAGGGGUGUCGGAGAGGAAGAUUGUGUUUACAGAUGGAGAUUUGAUCAACUGCAGUCUGCAGCCUUCCCAGUUCCUGUCCGGGUUCCUGAUGGAGCUUUUGGAGAGAGAGGAUUUUGCCAGGAGUGUGGUGUACACAUUCCCACACCUCACCAUCCAAGAGUUUGUAGCUGCAGUCGCACAAUUCCUGAAUCCACAUCCCGGGGAUAUCCUGAAAUUCCUCACUGAAGCACACAACACGUCAGAUGGGCGAUUUGAAAUAUUUCUCCGUUUUGUUGCUGGUCUCUCCUCCCCAAUGACAGCUCGGGGUCUGGAGGAGUUUCUGGGCCCAUUUCCUCAUCAAACAACCUGCCGGGUGAUUGACUGGGUGAAGGAGGAGGUUAAACGCCAGAGUGGAAACACAGAGAGUGAAGCUGGUAAAAGGAGCCUCCUGAACACAUUACACUACCUGUUUGAGUCUCAGAAUAGUGGCCUGGCUCAGGCUGCACUGGAAUCUGUGGAUACACUUUCAUUCAGUGGAAUGACAUUGACCCCGAUUGACUGCGCGGUCCUGUCUCAUGUCAUCGGACCCUGUGAUACAAUAAAACACCUCGACCUGGAGAAAUGCUACAUUCAGUGUGAAGGAAUCCAGCGGCUGGGACCUGGGCUGCACAAGUGCCAGGAGUUGAAGCUUGGGCGGAAUGAACUCGGAGAUCCAGGAGUGAAACUGGUGUCUGCAGCUCUGAGGAACCCGGAAUGUAAAAUACAGAAACUGGGGCUGAGGGAUGUCGGUCUCUCAGAUUCUGGUGUCGAGGAUCUCGCCUCCGCUCUCAGUACAAACUCCUCACUAACAAAGCUGAACCUGGGAUUAAACUGGCUGACAGACCGAUCUGUCCCCGCUCUCCGCCGCCUCAUACAGACCCUCCCGAGUCUGGAGUGGAUCGGACUGUGGAAAAAUGAUUUCAGUUGUACUGGGAAGAAAGAACUGGAAUCUCUGCUGGAACGCAGACCCGGACUGAGAGUGAAUCUAUGAACAUCUGUAUGUGUGAACAUCCCCUUCAGCGGGAUGGGGACAUUCUGCCCGAUUCCCGGCUCUCCCUUUUAAAUCCCGCCCUUACCUUUAGCGACCAUGCGCCAGGUUUAAUUCCCGCAGACAGGAAGAGCCCGGGAGAGAGUCCAGGAGAGAAUCCUUUUGCUCCCUUUGCUGAGGACGGUGUAUUCGGCGGUCUGGCUGAUAUAAUGUAGUUAAAUUGAUAAAUACCUUGGACGUGACCCUGGAUCUGCAGCGAUCCCAGACACGGCCCUGAAAUGUGAUUUUAAUGAUUAUCGGUUCCCUGAUGUAGAGCGAUGGUGAGAUUAUUCAAUCUGUCACUUGUUGUUGCCGGUCAAUUAAUUGUGUGUGACUGUAAGUGAGUCGAGAACAGCUUAUUUAUACCCGUGUUAGCAGCUCACAAGUUGUUUAAUUUAAAUUUGUCAUGAUAAAAUCAAUAAACCGCUGUAACUUACUGUUA